GUAAAACCCUACAUAGUUUUCUGGUGUUUGAUGGGGACAGAAAAGCGGACAGAAAAUGAAGCUCACAGUGUUUAUACUGUUGGUCAUGGUUUCAUGCUGCCUUGGUCACAAAGGGAGGAGUCAUGACAGAUACCGUUAUAGCAAGUACUACAGGCCUAGAAGACCGACGAUUUUCCCCAAUCCUUUUACAAGUACAAUGAUGCCGCCGACGACAAGGGCGCCGCCACCAAGCAGACCGAUCAGUGACCGAGACGAUAUUUUGUCCGCACGGAUCGGUGUCAGAUUACCACCACCAGAGUGUGUCAUAUCCUUUGACGAUUUCGUAAUGCACGUUGCUGAUAUGGACUGGAUCUCUCCCUACGCUAUUGACAACGACUAUCCUGUCAAUCAAUUAGUAACGUACAAGUGGACUCCCCGUUGGUUCCUUAAAAACAACACUCAUGUCGAAAGACUCGGAAGUUAUUGGGAUGAUAUUGAAAAAGAGUGUGGGUUCGUUGACUCGGUGUUUAAACGAAUUGAUGACACAAAAGCAAUUUUUGGCUCAGCAGGCGCCACUGGCGCGUUUGUUACAGCCACCAGGAAAGACUAUAUAUUGAGUUUCAAACCGGAGAAUUACGUUAUACAAUACAUUUGCUAUACUGGAGAAUAUCGGGGCAGGUGUAAGGACUCUGAGAUUUUCCUUUUAGUCAAGGAACAAAGAACAAACCCACCUGACAAUGAUGGUAAAGUAACUGGCGAAAUUUGUUUGAAUGACAUAGACUGGAGCCUGAUUGAAGCAACCUUCAGAAACUGUUUGGGAAUUCAGUUUGUGGAUAAUACAGAACCACAAAUCACUUGGCGUUGGGAGAAUGAUGGUCAACCAACUGAGGAGUGUGCAAAGCCAGGAACAGAUGCCUUUCGGAGGAAUUUUGAAAAUGGAAAGUAGAUGAUCAAAAUAAGCUGAAACAUCGACUCUCGUUCCAGUAUUUGGCUACCCAUGAUAUUUUACUUUUUGAUUUCCUUGCAAUUCGCAUUAUUAACUUCAGAAUUAUUUCUGCGGAGAUCUCGGAAGAUCUUUAUCUUUCCAACAAUCAACAUCAUUUCUGUUCUGUUUUAAAAUUUGAAUGUCAAUUCGGACAAAAGAUGUUAUUCAGUAAAAUGUUCAUGGUAUGACAUUAUAGUCGAUGUCUAUAAUUUGUUUUGUUUCGGUUUCAAAUUUGUAUAACAUUUCAAAAGAUGAAAUUCCAGAAUACGCAAUCAUAAUAUUUCAAAAGAUAAAAUUCCAGAAUACGCAAUCAUAACAUUUCAAAAUUUCAGCAAAGUAAAAAAAUGACAUGUUAUACAUUUGUUCAUUUUACGACUUCAAUCCAUUUCAGAAAAGUCACAAAAAUACGAUAAAAUAUUUAGUAUUUACAAACAAGCGUUCAACUUUACGUGGAAAUAAAAUGACAUCAAAAACAAAAUAAUGUCGUUGUCGUCCCUUAUCAACGGGGAAUAUCUACACGUUUUUAUUCUUAUAGUUUUCUUAAUAACACAAUUUUUCAUGGUGGUCAAAUGAAUAAAACUAUAUCGCUUGUUCGUUUAUUUCCCCUGAAACUUUUAUGUGCUAUUAACAAGAUGAUGGUCUAAAUAUAUAUCGUCGCCUU